GAAAGAGAAAGAAAGAAAGAGAAAGAAAGAAAGAAAGAAAGAUAAAAGAGGGUUGUCCGCAGCAUCCAACAAGGGUGGGGUGAAUUCGGUCGAUUUUCGUACGGUUCGUAAAACGCAAGAUGUAGAGGGCGUAUUCAUAGAUGUUCCAACGUUGAAAAGGGCGACCGUGGUGGUGGUGGUGGUGGCAGUAGCGAUGCUCGCAGUAAGGGUUAGUGAGAAAAGCAAGCAAGAAGAGAAGAAGGUGCACAGUGUGGUGCUCGCGGCUAUCAGUGGGCUGCCAGUGGUCGCCCUGGGCACCACCUGCGCGGAUGGAGCCUACUCGUGUACCCAGGGGCCCUGGUCCGCGUCUCGUUUUUUUAUUUGCCACGCUUGUUCUUACUUUUGCAGCAACCGGAUUGUUAUGCGGAGCAAUAAUGACCGAUCAUUGGGAGGAGGUUGGAUGGAAUAAGGAAGCCCUCAUUCAUGUUAAUGUUAGUCUCACAUGGUACUUGGAUGGUCAAGUGGCAAUGCUGGAGGCUCCGGCUGCUCAUAGAAAUCAUCAUCACGGCAGACGUGGAUCUUUCUUGGUACCAAUGCACGGUGGAAUUUGGACUAUGUGUGUCUCGUUAUCGGAAGACGAAAUACGAUUACUGGGUCAGGUGGGGUUUCCACAAGAAAGGUGCAUUAAUUACUUGACACCCGACGAGGCACACGAAGAAAUUCGCGCAGCAUGGCAGAAUCAUCGACUGCGUUCUAUGGACUUCAAGCGUACAGGAAUGCAGAAUUUAAGUAUUUCUUGUUCUCUCGUUUGUUUGAUUAUUCUUGGCACCGCCGUGCUUAUAGGAUUUUUUGGAUUGUGCAGACAUCAAAUAUCGGCUGUUCUCGUUACUGGAGUGAUGUAUUUAUUGGCAGCAACAUUCGCGCUCUUCACAUUAACCAUCAUCCACUUCAAGAGGGCUCAAGAUCGUGGUGUUCGCAUAAUUAAUGGUCCAGAAGAUGGCGUGAUAGGUGGCCCAGUGUCACGUGCUAUACUAAGAGCACGCCGUUUUACAACUUCUUGGAGCAUGGAUUUUGGAUGGGGUGGAGUGACCCUUUGCGCUCUCGCAUCAGUGGCUUGGAUUUUGCUUAGCAAGAUAAUGCGUUUUAGUCCAAUCGCAGCCAUGAUCGCGUAGCAGUGGGAGGCCUUCGAGGUUUAAGGUCAUUUAAUGUCUGGUGUCUAUUGCGAUAGAAGAUUCUUGGAUUAAGUAUGAGAAGACUUAGAAAGACAAAGGAAAUAAUUUUUUUUUCGAGAUGAAUCGAACCCAGGAAAAAAGAAUAUAAAGAUCGUACGUACGUGCGUAUUUCUUUUUACGCGUUAUUUGAAUUACGCACGCAUAUAUAUGUGAUCAAGAAGAAAUACGCUAGAUACGAUGAUGAUGAUGAUGAUGAUGAUGAUGUAUAGAAUGAAAAUAUAUUUCAUCGUUCUUCCAAGGUAUGGAGGAUAAAUUGUUGAAUCUCCGAGGUGUAACUAUGAUCUUACAAUUUGAUAAGGAUUUAAAUAUGAAUAUUGUAAUCGAUCGAAAUCGUCGUCUGAUUAAGUUUUGCAGCAAGUCGAUGACCGAACAUUUUUAUAAACCUUAUAUAUUUAUUACGGAGUAUCGACUUGCUGCUUUACUUUUUCUAUUUUUUGUUUUGAAAGCUUUUGCAUUUAACUGACGAUGUCGUAAGUGUUGUUAAUGUAACGUUGAGUAAGGGUAUGCAAGUAUUUAUGAUCAUAGUUAUAAUAUUUCGAUCUUUGCAGUAUCAGAACGUCAAGUCGGCAUCCGUUUUGAAAAAUCUCUAUCGAGUUAUGAAUAUUCAAUGAAAUUGACCAUCUCGAAGGCAUUAUCAAUUUCUCUACAAAAAGAGCAUUUAGUCUACGUACGCAUGGGGGGUACAAAUUGUACUUAAGUUUAAUCUUUACCAAACACAUGACAGAAUAGUUACGAUUGUGGCAGUUAGAUAAUAUUCUAAAUACAAUCUUUUGUACCUGUUAAGAAAAAUCCCUAUUGUUCUACUAGGUCGCUUAUUUCGACACGAGUAAAUACUAAUUGGAAGGAUUCGUUUGACGUAGGUAUUUUUAGAGAUCGAACUUAGUUUUCAUUAUCGUUAACAUGCUUAUACACACAGAUUUUCGUUGAAAAAUCUCUCAUUCGUAAGAGAAUAUUAUAUUCAGUAUAGGAUUUCAGACUGAAAGAACAAACAGUAUUUGUCCUUGUAUUUCAGCUUUUUUUGUUAACAGUCAAAUUAUGUCAUAUUGCAAGAAACAGUUACUCAAUGAACACAAAUUUUAGAAUAUUUAAUAGAUAUAUUGAAAAUUCCCUUAUUAUUUGAUAAAGCUUCAAAAGCUUGAAAUAUGGUAACUGUUUCUGGUAAUCUGACUUUAGUCAAUUAAAAUAAAAAAAAGGCGUAUUGAAGAGUAUAAGGAUUAGCUGAUUAAUUUAAUUAAAUUGAUUGUAAAUAUAUCCAAGGAUUCUUCCA